AUGUACUGUAAUGGGGAUACGAACGACUUCGGUGAUUUGACAUUGCAUCGAGCCACAGAAGCCGAUUUCGAUGAUAUUGUGCAAUUUCUAAUGAGCGAUUUCUUGUUCACUGAACCACUGAAUAGGUCAAUUAACCUGACACAAUCUGAUGCGAUCAAUCUAUUUAGAGAGUUGACAAAGACCGGCAUUACAUCGUCACUGUCGUAUUUGCUGAGAACGCGAACAGGGAAGAUUAUCGCUCUAAGAUUAGCGUCCAUAUUGGAUAGGCCCGAGAAAGACAAUCCGGACGCUAAUGAAGUGGUAAAUAACAACAAUAACAACGUUAACAAUAAUAAUGUGACAAAUAAUAUUCAUUCACAGAAUGCGAAUGCGGCCAAAAUUACGAGAAUUCUAUCGGAACUCGAAGAUAAGAUAUGGAUCCUUGUGAAUCCUCGUAUUAAGCGACUUCUUUGUUGGGUGGUGAUCUCAGUCGAUUCGCAUUUCACUCGUCGUGGAUUAGCUCGCAAAUUAUUGGAGUAUCGUUUGGAUGAAGCCGAAUUGAUGGGUUGUCAAGGUUGCAUUACCGAAGCGUCUGCGUUCAAUUCUCAACAGUUAUUUCGCAAACUUGGUUAUGAAUUAUUGCAUGAGAUAAAGCACUGUGAAUGGUUGGACGAAAACGGUAAACAAAUAUUCCGAUGCGAUGAUGCGACGAACAGUAUUGAAUUGGUUUAUAGACCCUUUUGA